AUAAUAAAUAAUAGAUACAUAGGUGGAUAGACAGAAUCAGAAGCAAGUUCGAGUGAAUUGAUUGGGUUGGGAAAUUAGAAAUAUGAAUUUUCACAAAAUCAAGCGCAGUUCUUGUCCUGGGUUGGAUUUGUGUAACAACAUUGAAGAAAAAUCCAUUUUUCGGAAUGGCACAUGAUCUUUUCCCAAGUAAAAAACUGGAUUCUAUGAGUAAAUCAACGAGAUCCAAAGAGGAAUCGGAAAAGUGAAAAAAUUUGGAAGCGAAGUAAACUGCGCCAUUAAAGACAAGUGAUUAAAAAAUAGUGUCAAGUUUUUGUUAAAAUCGAAGUGAAUUCCAAAUCAAAAGUCGAAAAUCUGACAAAUUAUAAUUUGGAAAAAUCGAAGCUUAUUAAGGAAAGCAAGCAGCUGUAAAAAACCAAAGUGCAUCCAACGACAGCAACGCCUGUCGUUACUAGGCCAAACAAAUUGCAUCGCAAAACGACCGUCAAAAACUUGUGCUGUUGUACUGCUUAAGUGGCGAUUUGGGUAAUUUUUUAGCUUGGCGAAUUUGUCGUCACCAUGUUUAUGGGCCAGGGGCCAAACGACAUCGAUUUCUUUUGAGCGAAAACGUAAUAUAAUUUGCUUCUUACAUUCUAAUUAAAUUAACGCCAAUCGUUGCGUCGACACAAAUACAGUUCUAAGAAAGGCCAGAUAUAUAUACAUACAUACAUAUAUGUACAUAGUGGCUGAUACUCUGGCAGCGACCAACACUGGCUAACGAUUCAAGACACACUUCUAUAAACGCGGGAAAUUUGAUAUUUAAUCACUGGCAAAAUAAACAGAGACGAGUUUGAUUUCAAUCGCAAUAACAGUUCGCAUACUGGCCAAGAACAAAAGAGCUAAAAACCUAAAAACAUAAACAAACACAAACACAAGUGGGUUGAGUGUGUGUGCGAGACAAAGGCUGAGAUUACCAGACAGACUACUAGGCGAUAGCGUUCCAGCGUCGCUGCAAUAAAAACAACCAAUACCAAGCACCAAAGUCAUUGCAGGAGGUGCGCCAUCGCCAGCGGUGCUAUUUUCUGUUUUUACGCCGCGGCGCGGUUUCGUAUGGAGUGUUUGUUUUUCGAACUGCUGGUCGGUUGGUUGGUGUGUCGCAACAUAAGGGAGGUGCAACGUACAUAUAAACAACCACUUAUCAGAGCGCAAAUAUAGAUACUAAAAGCUAUCACGGUGCACACACAAAAUCACAUAAGUACACUACACUCCGAGUGAUAUAUUGUAUAUACAAUAAGUGAAGGAACUACAACAACAAUUGUAAGCAGAGAAAAUAUCAGCUAAAAAGAACUGGUCUGUGGGAGUAGCGCAAUAACACAACCGAAAGCGUCGUCGCCAUAGUCGCGUAAAAAUACAAGCAAAAAAGAUAAAUAGGAGUAGAAAAAUAAAUAAAAAUACAUACCGAAGAAAAAAGUCGAAAAUAAUAAAAAUAAACCAAAGCGCACUAAACGCGGACAAAAUAAAGAGCAACGCGCUUUGGAUGCCGUUGAGUUGUUGUUGAGCCGUGGAGCUACAAACAAGCUGGUAAACUAGAUGGUCGCGCUAAACGAGUCGAUUCGAAAAAAAAAACACACACAGACAGUGCCAAAGUGAAUGUUGUUGAAGAGUUGUGGUUUUGCCUUACUUCACUUGUGUUGCUCUAAUUGCUGCAAGUGCUUUGGAGUGUGCAGCACCUACAUACAUACAUACAUACAUACAUAGAUAGUUAGAUCUUGUUGGAAUUAGAGGUGUGCAGUGGAGACAUAGCUUGGCGGAAUCACCAGCGGCUUAGCUAAAAGUAGACGAAGCGAAAAGUUAAAAAUUUUCGGAUUUCUUUUGUUGCUGACGUUAUUUACGCUGCACGAGAUCAACAAGAAAUCUGCAUAUACAUACAUAUAGAAAGCAAUAAAAAAGUGCAAGGUAAAAGCAGUCGAGGCCAACUAUCAUAAAUCGCAUAUAUACAGAGACGGCAGUCGGUGGAGCUCAGCACAAUGGUGAAGACAUUUCAAGCCUAUUUGCCGUCCACGAAUCGGACGUAUUCAUGUGUUCAUUGCCGUGCGCAUCUAGCCUCGCACGAUGAGCUUAUCUCCAAAUCGUUCCAGGGCAGUCAAGGACCGGCCUAUCUCUUUAAUUCGGUGGUGAAUGUGGCCUGUGGCCAAACGGAGGAACGUGUGCUGCUCACCGGUCUACAUGCCGUGGCAGACAUCUAUUGCGAAUGCUGCAAAACGCCAUUGGGCUGGAAGUACGAGCACGCAUACGAGUCCAGUCAGAAGUAUAAGGAGGGCAAAUACAUCAUUGAGUUGGCGCAUAUGAUCAAGGAGAACGGCUGGGAUUGAGCGAUGGUGGUAGCGAAGCCGGUGGUGCUGAUGCGAUCGUACAGAUCGGGUAUGAUGAAACGACGCGUGGCGAAGGCGGAGGCAGUGCAAACUGAUGCUUUUGACAAAGAUGCGGUUGUAAAAAUUGUUGGAGAUGUUGUGCUUGAGGAUGGCAUCGGUGUUGGUGUUGGUGUUGGUGUUGGUGUUGGUGUUGGCUUGUGAGGAGCGGCGGUGUAAUAAGCUGAGGUGAGGAAGUGUCGUGCCGGGAAUGUAGAGUUUAGAUAUUGUGAUGCGUUGAUGCUGGUGUCGGUUUGGAUAUGUUUAACAAGUGUCAUUAUGCGUUCAGUCAACAUUAUCGAAACAAAAACAUUUCAAAUCAGUGUUAAAGCAAAGUUAAAUUAAGAAAGUGCUUUAAAAUAAAUUUUUAACAUGAGUUUAAGUCUAAAACUAAGAAUGCUACCUACUAGAUUUUCAAAGGACAUAACUCUAUUUUAGAUUAUGUACAAACAAAUACAUUCACAAAACCAGCGGCUGCAUAUUUGUAACCUACACUUUCCUCUCUACUGACAUACACACAUCUUUCCUUCGCCAAUACACUCGCACAUACCGAUGUUUCUUAAUCGAAAUAAGCCCUUCUCUUCGAAAGAUACUCGGAAAAAACAGGAAAACUAAUAACAAAACUAAAUGCGUAAAAAGCCUGCAGAAACUUGCUUCAAUAAACCAGUUGUAAGCUUGGCUGACUUUUUGACUUUGUUUUUUUUUGGCAAUUGUGAGGCGACAAAGAAACCCUUGGUCCACACUGAAAUUUAGGAAAGAGCCACAAACACAAAUUACUUUGAGUAAAUGUUGAGAUGAAAUCGAAAAUCCACAAAUGUGUGCAAAAAGCGCACCAAAGCGCUGAACGCCGACGUAAAUGCAAAGCUAGCGGAAAUGAAAGCACAACUGGCGCGCGCGCGCUUAUUGUGAAGCUGAAAAUUUGGAGUUGUCGCUGUUUGCUACUACCACUGCCGAUUCUUUAAAUCUUCAAAUUACAAUUCCUACAACUACACUCAUCAUUGCUGUUGAUGUUAGCUACAGCGGUAGCCGGUGUUGGGCUACUGCAACGCAAUUAAAUACUCUAGAAAGAAAAUCUUUAAAAAUGUAACUUAGUCAAUGAAGUAAAUGCUUGACGUUAAAGGUGUUCGCAUACCAUUCGGGACUACCCACACACAGAUACAUAGAUACUUUCUAAGUUUUAGUGGCGCUGGUCAAUUGAAUUUCCCGAAAUCACGCUUUCCUAUAACUUGAAUACAUACUUGUUUAUCAUUUAAUUGUGCACACUUAUGACAUUAAUGUUUUAUGUAUUUGUAACUAUGCAACUGCUGUUUUAAAAUACUGACUAAAUGUGAGAAAUAUAUGUAUAUACCCUGCUUGUAAUUUUAGAUCUUAUUAUGUGCGAUUUUCUGUUUAGUUACUGGAGACAUAGAUACUAUACCACGCUUCAAAGUAAUCUAAUAAAUAUUAAAUUAUGCUUCACUUUUAUGUUAAAGUUAAGCUAAGGAAAUGACUUAACAAAUAUCAAACGACUUUUCGGUUUAUUACCGUUAGCGUCUAUUAAACAUUUCGUUGAAAAACAAUAACAAAAUCAGCUGACAUGCAACAACGAAGUAUUGGAAAAAUAUGCUUCAGCGAGAAGCUACAUACAUUAGCGCAUUGUAAAUGUUAAUUAAUAUGCAUGUGUUUUUGCGAGUUUUAUAAUAUUAUUGUGCUUGUCAAUAAUAUUUAACACAGCGAACUCGUUACAUAUUUGUUCGUUAAUUUAUCGCUGUAUAAUUUAGCACAUUUUUGCUUGAAUGAUAUACAUAAAUACAUUUGAAAGUACAUAGUAUGUGUAGUAAAUAGAUAAGCGAAUAUUAUCAACAUCAUAUAAUUAAUGUACGUACAUAUUAGCAUACAUAUGUGUAUAUGUAAUGACAAUUAGUUAAAAUCGAUUUUUGAAUUACUGUAAUUUAGAAGCGAAUAAUUGCUGUAUUCUAAAUAAUAAGUUUCAUGAACGCUUUGCAGCCUGUUGAGAUGGGGAAAGGAGCUGAACAAGAAAUUCAAAUUAACAGAGCGAUAUUGUGAAGGUUUAAAAGAGCGAAAAAAAGAAAAACAUUCAAAGAAAUAUUGUAAGGUAACGGAAAGCCUUCAGAAACCAAAUCUGAAAGGAAAUGUUUUUGUAGUGGUCGGUGUUAGUCUUAACAGCAUAAAAAUUCCCAAACAGUUGACGGCAAAGUUGCUCAAGUGACAGUCCUUGACUGCUAGAUGGUAGCCUAUGGAAAUCAAUAUAGGAGGAAAUAGAAGGCGCUUGGAAGGAUUAGUAAACCAGAAAGAGAAAAUUAAACAUGGCAGUGUACUUUUAAUUAAAUUUUGCAAAGUUUGAGACUAUAGGCAAUGUGUAAUCUGAGUGCCACGAACAAUAAUGCUGCAUGCAAGCGAAAGAGACAAAACAGAACGAUCUCAAUAAGGGAUUCUUAGCAAAGAUCGUCGAGAAUUCGAACUGCGCUCUAAGUGAAGCUAUGAAAAAGGCUGAGAAAAGUUAUAUUACCCCCUUAUGCGCUUGAGGAACAGAUACAUUUUUAAUUGUUUUAUUUUAUUAGUUUGGAAAACGACGUAAAUAUAAAUUUUGAGAAGCACGUUUUAGUACUGACAGCAUUUCGUAUAAAAUAUCGAGCCUAAUCGCCAGAAUUACGUAGGCGACAUUUUUGUGCUCUAGGUGCAUUUCUCCAUCAACACAGACACAGAUAUUUUCUUCUCAAAGUCAAACAUGCGUUUCAUGCAUGUUUUUCCAAAAAUUUCUAAAUUUUUCGAAAAGCAAAAGAUAUGUCUACCAAAACUCUUUCCGAAAGAAAAUGUAGCAACCUCAAAAUUGUAUACAGAUGCUUAACCUUUAACUGUGACAUGGGGUCGCACAGAACUUUUAAUCUCAUGUCGAAGAAGACUGAAAAUGCUAUGCGUGUUAAUUUUGAUAAUAUUUUUUGGUUCCUUGCAAAUAAAAAUGAAUUAUUUCAAUCUAAUACCUAUUUACCACCUUCAUACACUUUUUUACCAAUUUUACCAGAUGUAGUGGUAUGUGGGACCCCAUGUCCCGGCUAGCCGCAUGAAAAAAAAAUUAAUAAAAAUAACUUGGACUUAGUUUUGUGAAAAUGUGAGAUUUAAAUAUGCCUUAUAGCCAAUUUCCACCAAGAGCUUAACUGCUGUUAGGAGCUCAGAUAAGUUGCAAGAAUUUUACCAGUGGGUGAUCCGCAAGGUUUAUUUCAUAAUUUUUUCUUUUUCAUUUCGUUUGCUUGUACCUGUUAUGAGCAAGAGGCAUAAAUUGCACUUAAAGCUUGGCGGAAGUGAACUAUUAGUUUACUUAUCUACAUUAAUGUGAUGCAAAUUAUUUAUAGUAAUGAAAAACUGGUGAAAAAAGCAUGUUACUAAAUGUAUACAGUUAUACUUUAUAAUAUUUGUAAAGAAAUUAUCUACCUUUUUCUCAAUUUUUCGGUUUUCACAGAAAUUGCUCGAUUUGUUCUGAUGAUUGUUUUUACUGUUUUUUGCGUACAUUAUGUAUGUAAUGAUGCGAAGUAACGGGCUGCAAGCUUCGUGCGUUAAUAUGCAAAACAAAAUAAUAUUUCAAUAGUAGGUGAACAAAAUGUAAAAAUGAGCAUACAAAUAUGCAAAACAAGCAAAAACAAAAAAAGAACUGCCAAGAACGAAUUCGCGUCAUAAACGUCGUUAGUUCCCUUAUAAUAAAAUUAUGUAAUAAACAAUUAUAAUAAAAGAACAGUUAGAAUAUCAAAUUUUAUUGCGUUGUAAAUGUAGUAAAAAAAAAAAAUAUAUGUGAAAAACGAUGAUGCGCUGAUAAAAGCUUUUAAUAAGCUGUUGUGUACUUGAAAAAAACUGAAACUACUUUGUUCAUAUGCAUGCAAAAAUAAGUUGAUAGCAAUUAAGCUGGUAUGCAGGCCUAGAAAAUAAUGAAUCGCAUUGAUUGGCUAUACUUUGAUUGAUAAUAUUUGCUUUCUCCUCACGAAA